AUGACCAACCAGAUGACUAACCAUUUUCUAAGGACUAAAGCAUUGUGUAAUACAAGUAGCUCUGCAUCACAAUUUCCAAAGAAGUUCUUACUUUGCACUCUUACGCAAUUACACAUUAGAUUAAUAUAGCAGAUGCCCAAAUAAGGAGAACACUCCUAAGACGCUACGUAGACCCAUAACGUUUUAAAAGAGACAAGGUAGCAUUCCAAGGAGAAGAGAACCGACUAAUGUUUAGAGAACAGAGAACAGCCCCUUGAACUCCAUACUCAAGAAUGGCGGAUCAUAUGAAGCUUCUAUAUACAAUUGUUAUUUUUACAAUAACAGAGUGUGUCUUCUCGAGUUCUUCUGGGGACCCAAUCAAAGGCCCGUUCCAAACGUCUAUCAAGGGGCCUGGCGUGGUGAAGGCAGGGGUGCCGACAGAGUUCACCUGCUCAGACAAAUGCACCCCAGGGUGUGUCUACCAAUUGAAGGAGUCUGGGAAGGAAGUGGAUGGUGGCGUCAUGACUGUGACGGCCGACGGCCGUCAAGAGAGCCUGAAGCUGGAGUGCACCGCUGUCAACACCGAAACCAAAGUGUCAUGGACCACCACCAAGACCGUGAAAAUAAACAACCCGGUGAGUGUGAAGCCCACCACCAGCUCUGAUCCCCAGGUGGGCAAAUCCUUCGAGAUGACCUGUCAGGGCUCAGACCCCGCCACCACCACCACCUGGUUAAAAGACGAUCAGCCCCUGAGCACUGAUGCCAGGAUGCGUCUCAGCGAGAACAAUGGCAUGCUAUCCUUCACGUCUCUGCUGUCCUCCGAUGGUGGCUUGUAUGCAUGCAAGGUGGGCAACGUGUUCAGCCGAGGGUACCUGCUGAGCUUCGGGACAAUAGCUGUUAGCAUACUUGGCCCAGACACGGUGAAAGCUGGGGUGGAGCAUAGCUUCACCUGUCAGGCCAAAUGCACGCUACCUUGUACCACCUCCUGGCAGUUCAACCAGGCCUUCUCCGAUGGCUCCAUCUCAAACAAUAAUAAUGUACUCCAAUGGACCCCAGCUACACCCGGGAGGGUCCAGAUCUUCCAGUGCUCUGCACAGAACAUACAAGCCCAGCGAACGGUCCAAGCCUCUAAGACAGUGACAGUUUCUGGCUCUGUGAUGGUGAGACCUGCACUCGCUCUGAUCUCCAUGGUCAGCCUGCAACUGCUGUUUGCCUUGUCUGUCUAGUCGGGUCGCUCCUGUGCCACUCUGUGACAUAUUGCAUGGCGCCUUGUUUUCAAAAACACACCCACCCAAGCUGCACUGUUCACCAAUGAAGUGGUCACACUGUUCACUUGUAGAAGGUGGCAGAAUAUGUAAACUGUGGAAAAGUCAAAGGAUUGCAUAAGAUAGUCUAAAUAUAACUGCUUAAUUCCUGCUCUAAAACAAAUAAAAAUGUGCAAAUGCGGCAAUGAUAGAUAACUACUAAUGAUAGAUAAGAGUAUGCUGUAUUUAGUAAAAAAAAAAGUGCUUAUAUAUACUGUAGGUCAUAUACUGUAGGUCACAUCCGUAUGCUGUGUCAUAAGUUUUAAGUUUAAAGAGUUCAUGCUUAGGGCCAUAUAUAGGCAGCAUCUGUGUGCUGUAUCAGAGUUUUAAGUUUAAAGAGUUCAUGCUUAGGGCCAUAUAUAGGCAACAUCUGUGUGCUGUAUCAGAGUUUUAAGUUUAAAGAGUUUAAAGGGAUGUUAACAGAAAGAGGAACAAGAGAUAGACAAACAGCUGACUGUUAUGCAAAGUGGUAGGUUCAAGUUCAGCUGGACAAAUAAAGGGGGUCCCGUUACUGGGGCUCUAGGCUCUCCAUCACUUUUCCUUGGCUUCGCAGACUGAGAGCAAGAAGAUUAUUUCUAUUUUGUUAUUAAUAAAGUCAGAACCCUAACCCCUGGUUAGGGGUUCUGUUAAAAGGC